AAUAAAAGUUUUCCCAGCAAUUCUCACUUCAAAAGAAAAACUUUUAAGAAGCGCCAUCUGCAAACUGAAUUGCAAAAUUGUGGGGACAAAAAGACAAACAAGAAGAAGAAAAGGAAGAAGAAGAAGAAAGUGAUUCACGUCCAUUGUUUUUUCACACGCAAAAAUUCCUCGUGCAAUUUCUAUUAAAUAAAAAAGAAGCAGCGCCCCAUUUAAUUCGCAACAAGGAUGCCGAAGAAUAAGGGAAAAGGAGGCAAGAAUCGCCGUCGUGGUAAGAAUGAGAACGAAUCCGAGAAGCGAGAGUUGAUCUUCAAGGAGGACGAGCAGGAAUACGCGCAAGUGACGAAAAUGCUGGGAAAUGGCAGACUGGAGGCGAUGUGCUUCGAUGGAGUUAAGCGACUGUGCCACAUUCGGGGGAAAUUGCGAAAAAAGGUUUGGAUCAAUCAGGGAGACAUUAUUCUUGUUGGCUUGAGGGAUUACCAGGACUCAAAGGCAGACGUUAUUCUCAAGUAUACACCCGAUGAAGCAAGGAACCUCAAGACCUACGGCGAAUUCCCUGAAUCUGUGCGCAUUAACGACACAAUCACAUUCGUUGAGGAUGGCUUCGAUGAAGAUAUUGAAUUCGACGAUUACAUCAGUUCGGACGAGGAAGCAGAUUCAGUUGAUGCCAUCUGAUUUCCUGCCAACUAAAUUAAAAAGCAGCGUCAGCCUCUCUUAGAGGUAAACUCUCAGAAGAGACGAGUGGGUGGCUUAGAGAAAGUUGAUUGAGGGAUUUAAAGAAAAAGGAAACACUUUAAGAUGUGAAAAAUCUAAUUAAUUACACAAAACAAAAAAUUUACUCGUUGUUCGUGCAGAAAUAAUAAGAACAUAAUAUCCAAACAAAAAAAAUUACAAGUCCUUCAAACCUUGUUUUCCAAGAUGAAUGGAGUUGUGAAUUUUUUCACGCAGAAUAGGUAUAAUUAUCAAAUUUUCUGUUACAAUGACAAGUAGUUAUCUUUCUCUUUUCUGGCAAAAAGCAGAGAUGAAAAAAAUGUAAAAAAAUGCACUUUUAGUAUUGAGAAAUUUGUUUUUUUUUUCUAUUCUAGAUAUUCUUUGGUUCAUUUAAGAUAAAAGAAAUACAUUUAUGUAAAUUUCAACGUAAUAAAUCCACUAUUUUAUUAAUUUUUCCAAUUUUUAUUUUAUACUUUUUUCCCUUGGUUAUGCACAUAGGAUGAACUCUCACGAGAAAUAAAUCUAAUUUGUCUAUAUUUAUCAAUUUAUUCAUUUAGAGAUAUUCUUUUUUAUGUAAUAAUUAUUGGUGACUAUUGAAUUAUAUAUUAUUGUAUUAAAAAAAUAUGAAAUAAAGGAAUAUCUUAGUAAACAAAACACAA